AUGCCGCUACGCCGACGUGGGACUGGUGAGGGGCGUGGCUGUACUACCCGGCCGCAGCGAGAUAGAGCACUCGCACGCUUCAGUCUCUCGGUGUGUCCACGCGUUCAUAGCUCGGUGCAGAGCUCUAUUCGGUUAAGCUAUUUUUUUAAUAGUGGUGUUCACUAUAGGGUUCUCGAUUGUCUCUCUCGGAAAUUAGGUCUACUUCCAACUAUUCUGAAGAAAAUAGGAUACAUGUGGGCAAACUAUAGGUAA